AUGUCCUUCGAGGGAGCCAGGCUCAGCAUGAGGAGCCGCAGGAACGGGACCCUGGGCAGCACCCGGACCCUGUACUCCAGUGUGUCUCGGAGCACCGAUGUGUCCUACAGCGACAGUGAUUUGGUGGAUUUUAUUCAGGCAAACUUUAAAAAACGAGAAUGUGUCUUCUUUACCAGAGACUCCAAGGCCAUGGAGAGCAUAUGCAAGUGUGGCUAUGCCCAGAGCCAGCACAUUGAAGGCACCCAGAUCAACCAAAACGAGAAAUGGAACUACAAGAAACAUACCAAGGAGUUUCCGACAGAUGCCUUUGGUGACAUUCAGUUUGAGACUCUGGGGAAGAAAGGCAAGUAUAUCCGCUUAUCCUGCGACACGGACUCUGAAACCCUGUACGAACUGCUGACCCAGCACUGGCACCUCAAAACACCCAACCUGGUCAUUUCUGUGACUGGUGGUGCCAAAAACUUUGCUUUGAAGCCACGCAUGCGCAAGAUCUUCAGCCGGCUGAUUUACAUCGCACAGUCUAAAGGUGCCUGGAUUCUCACAGGAGGCACUCAUUACGGUCUGAUGAAGUACAUAGGCGAAGUGGUGAGAGACAACACCAUCAGCAGGAAUUCAGAAGAGAACAUCGUGGCCAUUGGUAUAGCGGCCUGGGGCAUGGUCUCCAACAGGGACACCCUCAUCAGGAACUGCAAUGAUGAGGGCUAUUUCUCAGCUCAAUACAUCAUGGAUGACUUCAAGAGAGACCCUCUAUACAUCCUAGACAACAAUCACACCCACUUGCUGUUGGUGGACAAUGGAUGUCACGGACACCCCACGGUGGAAGCCAAGCUGCGGAAUCAGCUGGAGAAGUACAUCUCUGAGCGGACCAGUCAAGAUUCCAACUAUGGUGGUAAGAUCCCCAUCGUGUGUUUUGCUCAAGGAGGUGGAAGAGAGACUUUGAAAGCCAUCAACACCUCCAUCAAAAGUAAGAUCCCCUGUGUGGUGGUGGAAGGCUCAGGGCAGAUUGCCGAUGUGAUUGCCAGCCUGGUGGAGGAGGAGGAUGUUCUGACCUCUUCCAUGGUCAAAGAGAAGCUGGUGCGAUUUUUACCACGUACUGUGUCCCGGCUGCCCGAAGAGGAGAUUGAGAGCUGGAUCAAAUGGCUCAAAGAAAUUCUUGAGUGUUCCCACCUACUCACAGUUAUUAAGAUGGAAGAGGCUGGAGACGAGAUUGUGAGCAAUGCCAUUUCCUAUGCGCUGUACAAAGCCUUCAGCACUAAUGAGCAAGACAAGGACAACUGGAAUGGGCAACUGAAACUUCUGCUGGAGUGGAACCAAUUGGAUCUUGCCAGUGAUGAGAUCUUCACCAACGACCGACGAUGGGAGUCGGCUGACCUUCAGGAAGUCAUGUUCACAGCCCUCAUAAAGGACAGGCCCAAGUUUGUCCGCCUCUUCCUGGAAAAUGGCCUGAACCUGAAGAAGUUUCUCACCAAUGAUGUCCUCACGGAGCUCUUCUCCACCCACUUCAGUACCCUGGUGUACCGCAAUCUGCAGAUCGCCAAGAACUCCUACAACGACGCACUCCUCACCUUUGUCUGGAAGCUGGUGGCAAACUUCCGUAGAAGCUUCUGGAAGGAAGAUAGGAGCAGCAGGGAGGACUUGGAUGUAGAACUCCAUGAUGCAUCUCUCACCACCCGGCACCCCCUGCAAGCUCUCUUCAUCUGGGCCAUCCUUCAGAACAAAAAGGAACUCUCCAAGGUCAUCUGGGAACAGACCAAAGGCUGUACUCUGGCAGCCUUGGGGGCCAGCAAGCUUCUGAAGACCCUGGCUAAAGUCAAGAAUGACAUCAAUGCUGCUGGAGAAUCAGAGGAACUGGCCAAUGAGUAUGAGACCCGAGCAGUGGAGUUGUUCACCGAGUGUUACAGCAGUGACGAAGACUUGGCAGAGCAGCUACUGGUCUACUCCUGUGAAGCCUGGGGUGGGAGCAACUGUCUGGAGCUGGCGGUGGAGGCUACAGACCAGCAUUUCAUCGCUCAGCCUGGGGUCCAGAAUUUUCUUUCUAAGCAAUGGUAUGGAGAGAUUUCCCGAGACACAAAGAACUGGAAGAUCAUCCUGUGUCUAUUUGUCAUCCCCCUGGUGGGCUGUGGCCUUGUAUCAUUUAGGAAGAAGCCCAUUGACAAGCACAAGAAGCUGCUCUGGUACUAUGUGGCCUUCUUCACGUCGCCUUUCGUGGUCUUCUCCUGGAACGUGGUCUUCUACAUCGCCUUCCUCCUGCUGUUUGCCUACGUGCUGCUCAUGGACUUCCACUCGGUGCCACACACCCCCGAGCUCAUCCUCUACGCCCUGGUCUUCGUCCUCUUUUGUGAUGAAGUGAGGCAGUGGUACAUGAGUGGAGUGAAUUAUUUUACCGACCUGUGGAACGUUAUGGACACUCUGGGGAUCUUCUACUUCAUAGCGGGUAUCGUUUUCCGGCUCCACUCUUCUAAUACCAGCUCCUUGUACUCCGGGCGAGUCAUUUUCUGUCUGGAUUACAUUAUAUUCAUCCUAAGGCUCAUCCACAUUUUUACCGUUAGCCGGAACUUAGGACCCAAGAUUAUAAUGCUACAGCGAAUGCUGAUCGACGUGUUCUUCUUCCUGUUUCUCUUUGCUGUGUGGAUGGUGGCCUUCGGCGUGGCCAGGCAGGGGAUCCUUAGGCAGAACGAGCAGCGCUGGAGGUGGAUCUUCCGCUCUGUCAUCUAUGAGCCCUACCUGGCCAUGUUUGGCCAGGUGCCCAGUGACGUGGACGGAACUACAUAUGACUUUUCCCACUGCACCUUCUCGGGAAACGAGUCCAAGCCUCUGUGUGUGGAGCUGGAUGAGAACAACCUGCCCCGCUUCCCUGAGUGGAUCACCAUCCCUCUGGUGUGCAUCUACAUGCUCUCCACCAACAUCCUGCUGGUCAACCUCCUGGUCGCCAUGUUUGGCUACACGGUGGGCACCGUGCAGGAGAACAACGAUCAGGUCUGGAAGUUCCAGCGGUACUUCCUGGUCCAGGAGUACUGCAACCGCCUCAACAUCCCCUUCCCCUUCGUCGUCUUCGCUUACUUCUACAUGGUGGUGAAGAAGUGCUUCAAAUGCUGUUGUAAGGAGAAGAACAUGGAGUCCUCCGCCUGCUGUUUCCGAAAUGAGGACAACGAGACUUUGGCGUGGGAGGGCGUCAUGAAGGAGAAUUACCUUGUCAAGAUCAACACGAAAGCCAACGACAGCUCAGAGGAGAUGAGGCAUCGGUUUAGACAACUGGAUACGAAGCUUAACGAUCUCAAAGGUCUUCUGAAAGAGAUUGCUAAUAAAAUCAAAUAAGGCGUGUGAGUGCUCAUGGAGAGAAACCAGAUUACAACAAGGU